AUGGUGACGGCAGCGCGAGAUCGCAGCCGCAGCCCGACCCAGCCCCAGGAGGCAAGCUGGUGCCUAGACUCUGGGCUCCGGGACUGGCACCCGCGACAGGGCCCUGGGCGUGUGCAGUACAGUGUCGUGCUGAUCACGCCGGCAGAAGCGAAUCCGAGGGCACCGACCAGGGAGGCAAAGCUGCCGCUGGCAGUGUACUUCCCAGGACUCGGAGACAAGUCGACAGUGGUUCAUGAACGAGCAGCGGACUGGGCGAAAGUUGCACCGGAGCACUUCUUGCUGGUGGCGCCAGAGCGACCCAAAAAUCAGUGGUGGUUCCUGGACGAUGGCUCCGAACUGGGAUGGAUUCGUGGUAACCUGCGACCUGACACGGUGGAUUUGUUUUGCGACUGGAUCGCGGACUUGUCCGAGUAUCCUGGAGUGGACCACGACCGAGUUGGGCUGUUCGGGUUUUCUGCCGGAGCCUAUGCCGUGGCAGAGGUCCUCGCGCGUGGCCGCCUGUGCCUCUGCGGGGCCGGCCUCGGCGGAAUCCACGGUCACGGGCAAGAGCAUCUCGACAACCGGCCUGACGUUCCGGAACGUGAGGCUCCCGAAGCCCGGCGGAAGUUCACGACCUUUCUGCAGCGUUUGGCCUGUCACGGCGGUGCCCGAUGGAUCGGUGCAGUCCACGGGAAGACGGACCAGGAGUCCGAUCCCCGGGAUGCCCAGCAGAUCUUGGAGGCGCUGAGCCGGCGCCAGGGAGAUCUUGGGCUGCCGCAGGUCAGCGUCCGCUGGCUCGAGGCAGAGGAGCAGGACUUCAGGCCCACCAAGAAGAGAAACCGAUCUCACCACAGCUACUUCGAUGCCUCCUUCGUGCAUGCAGGCUUUUUCAGCAACCUAUUCAGCACGGGAGUCCGUGCAGAGUGCUGGUGGCCAAAGAUGCAGCCGGCCGCCGGACAGGAGGCAGAACUCCAUCUGAAAGGCAAUGGAAAGAUGUACUUCCAGUGGGAUGCCGGAAGCAACGGCAAGAAGAAAUGGCGCUACUAUGAUCAAGAAGCGAACAGCCUCUUGGUGAAGUCCUACGCGGAAUACCAGCGUUCAGCAGGCGGGCCGUCGCAACACAUAGCUGUGGCGGGUCGGAGCUAUGUGGUGGACUUCGUGCAGAUGGAGCAGAUCUCGUUUUUCAACGAGCGUCGAAGUGUGCGAUGCUUCAACUGGACCUGA